AUGGACCUCUCUUUAUCAGGAGGGCAGCUUCCACUCGCGUCGUACUUUUCGCGAGGGUCACAAUCGAAGACUUCUAAAGCCAAGAGGAACAGCGAGCGUGUUACGGAUCCAGGGGAUAGUCCUCCACCCAGAAAGAAAGGCAAGGGAUCGAGUGAGAGGCGUCCAGGACACAACAAGGAGUCCGGAAGUCAGGCUCAGGGGACAACCUGCAAACAACUCUCCGGGCAAGGAGGGAGUAAACUACCUGAGCAGGGCAGUACAGACAUUGGUGAAUCGUCUGCGGUUAACAAAGCCCCAGGGCCGGUCGAUCGGCGUGGGGUGCUGUCGCGGGCACAGACAUCGGCAGAUCACCAGAAAGACAAAGACACUGGUGAGAGCUUACUUCCGACGCCGCCUGCUACCAAUCCGCGCUCGCGUAUGGUGGACACCUCUCGAGCUGUCCCAGGUCCUGCAUCGCGAUCACCAGUGGCGCCUUUGUCUAGCGUAGGGCAGGACCUCAAGGAGACUUAUGCACCAAUGACUCCCAAAACACCUAGCCCGCAUAGACGUCCUGCAGAAAAACACGCUGCUCCAGCACCCACGCUAAAUCAAACGCAAGGUGAUGGCACAUUGUCGCCUCGCCGAACGCAAACGACUCCGAAUAAGUCUCAUUCUAGUUCUGAGAGGUUCGCGUUGCCGAAUCCCAUCAAUACUCCAGUGCGGACACCGUUCCGCUCUCCCGCUACUAUGCGCAGGAGCGACAAGCGUGAUGGAGGCUACAUGCAUCCGCCAUCCUCACCCUGUUCUCGAGACAUUGUUCCUUCUUCGCAAACGCAAGAGUUAACGUUGUCUAAGGGCACAGACUUCACAGACCUCAGUCCAUCCACUCCAUCUCGCCCAUCUUUGGCGCAUCAUUCUAUCUUCUUUGACCGCGAUGGAAACGAAGUGAUUGCCACCUCUCAGAGUCAAGAGCUCGAACUGUCACCAUUCGUGAUGACACCGUCGCGAAUCCAUCCAGCGUCUCAUGACGAGGUGGUGCCCACAUCGCAAGCUUCGGAGGAAGAGCUUCAGAUGUGGACGCCUACUCGGAAGAGAGGACCUUGGUUGGCAUUAUCCGGUGUGGUUGACAAGGCAGGCUCUUUCCCCUGGACGGAUUCUCCCCGGCCUUCACGGAAUUUUGGGGCCGGAGAAGAGAAGGAAUCAAGGGCGGAAUCGGUCGCACAAGAGCCACCGUGGUGCCCCAGUGAGGAUCGUCCGCGGUACGAGACGCCAAUUUUGAAUACGAACCCAACAAGCCUAGAGGAUGGCGAGCAAGCAUCAAUCCCCGAGCCUCCUGUUUCCAACGCUCGGGCAUCGUACGGUAUAGAUUCUCAGCUCAUGAGCUCCCCUCUCUGCCCACCCGCUAUCCUUGGCGUGUCGUUCGACGAGUCAAGUGCAGGAGAGAGCAUCAGCACCUCCGCAAUGCCCACUCAGCUGCGCGAGUUCCGCAAUAUGUUCCAGAGCGUCCCCGAUUGCAUAGAGGACGACGAGGAAAUUGAUCGCACUUCUCCGAGCAAUCACACCACUUCUGCCGCUGCCGCUGCCGCUCCCCCCAAGCAAGGUCAUCCGCCGCCAGUGACGGGUAAUGACAGCGAAUCUGAAACGGAACCUGAGUCGGACGAUGCGCCCCAUAAUCCAAUUGGAGUCAACGGGCCCGUAGUUGUGGGUGUAUCAACUGGGUCAUCUGUAGAAAACCCCAUCGCUGUAGUUGCGCCCCCAGCUGCAGGAGCCCCGAGAUACUGCUACAUGUUAUCCCCCACCGAAGGAGAGACUCUUCCAUCGUCAAGAAUUGUUGACGACGUUCCCGAACAUAUGGCCAUCGACGACUCUGAGGUCGCCGAGGACUGGAUACCUGGUAUCGACGCCGGGGCGAGCUUCUUGGGCAGCUCGCAGGGGUCAUCGUUGCCGCCGGAUGCAACAGAAUUCUUGGCUAUGUUUAGCCAGCCUGCGAGUCCGUGA